AUCUGUUGAUUAUAAAAUAUUUUAUCUGGCAACACUGCGUAGAUUCAUCACAACACACGUGCGAGUUCGCUUAGUGCCGGUGCAAAGCGAACAGUCUCGUAACUCGUUACUUGUUAGUUGUUAGUCGUUUCACGUUUUUGGAUGCGGCACGCGGCAUUGUGGCGGUGUUUUGAAGUUAAAAUAGUUAUCGUUACUUUUGUAAUACUGACUACUGUGGUAGUUAGAGUGUUACUGUUACUUAAAUUUAAAAACUCAUUUCGUGGCAGAAAAUGAAUACAACAACAUCAGAAAAUGUCAAAAUCACUGACUCAAUGUCCACAAAAAAGAGAGGUAGUGUCGGCCUCAAAAAACAACUUGGUCUCCUCGAAGGCGUUGCCAUAAUUUUGGGCAUCAUAUUUGGAUCUGGUAUAUUUAUCUCACCAUCGGGCGUGAUGAACGAAGCUGGAUCGGUCGGUGUCAGCUUAGCCGUGUGGGUCAUGUGCGGCAUACUGUCCAUGAUCGGCGCACUGUGUUACGCAGAACUGGGCACGUCCAUACCGAGGUCGGGCGGCGACUACACAUACUUGUUCGAGGCGUACGGACCGCUGCCAGCGUUCCUCUACCUGUGGGACGCUAUGCUCGUGUUUGUGCCAACAACUAACGCCAUCAUGGGACUGACUUUCGCCAACUACGUCAUCAAGCCGUUCUUCCCGGACUGUGACAACCCGGACCAGGCAGUUAGACUCCUGGCGGCCGCCAUGAUUUGUUUCAUAACUUUCAUCAACUGCUGGAACGUCAAGGCCACCACCAAAAUUCAAAAUGUGUUCAUGUUCACCAAGAUAUCCGCUCUAGUGUUGAUCAUCGUGUGUGGCGGCGUUUACCUCCACUCAAAUGGAUUUUCCAAGUUCACGAACCCUUGGCAAGGAUCAGUAACUGACCCCGGCAAACUGGCCGUGUCUGUUUAUUCUGGAAUAUUUUCGUACUCGGGAUGGAACUUUUUGAAUUUCAUGACCGAAGAGCUAAAGAAUCCUUAUGUGAACCUGCCGAGGGCCAUAUACAUUUCCAUGCCAUUGGUGACCAUUAUCUACGUGUUGGCCAACGUUGCCUACCUAGCUGUUUUGACGCCGCAUGACAUGGUGACGACCAAUGCGAUUGCCGUUACAUUUAGUCACUUGGCAAUGGGUUCAUUCGAAUGGGUCAUGCCGCUGAUGGUUGCCCUAUCAGCAUUUGGCGGUCUGUGCGUUAACAUUAUGACUUCGUCCAGAAUAUGCUGUGUCGGAGCACGAUAUGGUCACUUCCCAACGUUUUUGUCAUACAUAAAUGUAGAAAGGUACACACCAACCCCGGCUCUAGUGUUUUUGAACAUCUUAUCUUUAUUCAUGCUUUUUACAAGUGAUGUCAACAUACUUAUAACAUAUUCGAGUAUUGUGGAGGCAUUCUUCACAAUGCUAUCGGUGUCAUCAGUGUUGUGGAACCGAUGGAAACGUCCAAAUACCAACAGGCCAAUCAAGGUUUCCCUUUGGAUCCCAAUCACUUAUGUAAUAGUGUCAUUAUUCUUGAUUGUGUUGCCAUGUUACGUAAGACCUUUUCAAGUUGGCAUGGGAGUUGGCAUCACUCUGUUAGGCAUUCCUGUGUACUAUGUAUGUGUAGUUUGGAAAACUAAACCUGCGUGGUUCCAAAAUUCAUUAAAGCAUGUGACAUUCACCAUUCAAAAGUUUUUUGUUGUUGCCAAAGAAGAAAAAGCAGAUGGCGUUUGGGAAUAAUCAUACUAUGUAUUUCUUAAUUUUAUUUUUUACUUGUCAAUUAUUGAUUUUUAUAAAUUUUAAGUUAUUUACCGUAAACAUUUUCUCUUAAAUCAUUCAAUUUAUUUCCAGCUUUAUAUUCACUCUCGUGUUUUUCUUUUUUUAACUUUUUAUUGUCAUCAGUAUUGUAAAAUAUAUAAAUGUUUAAUAAACUAUAUUUCUACUAAAUAUUAUUUACAUAAAAAAGUAUAUACUUUUUAAUUUGUAUUAAUUUAGGGGAACAAUAUUGUUGUUAACAAACAUUUGUGGACAUGUCUUGAGUAAGAGUUUCAUUGAGUGCCAAAACCCCACACGCUGCAGCUUAUCUAGUGACGUUAUUGUAGUAUACAAUUGCUGGUGGAUGGCCGCAUCCCAUUGGAAUUGUAUUAGAAAAGGUGAAUAGGUAACAAACAAAUAACCCUCUAUAUUCAGAAUUGAAAUUUAUGGCUUUUUUUGCAUUUUGUCUUAUAAUUAUUUUUAUGA